AUGGAAGUGACAAGUGCGAAUUUCUCUGAGUAUCUUCCGUUUAUCUUGAAUGAUAUCUCGGCCAGCUGCUUCGUCAGUUUGGACUUUGAGCUCUCUGGCGUGGCUUUCGCCCCAUUCAUACCAACAAGGCCACAAACAAUCCAGGAGCGGUAUGCGCAGACCAAAGUUGCAGCGGAACAAUAUCAAAUCCUGCAAGUUGGGCUCACGCUUUGCCAUGAGAAUGUAGAAACGGCUUCGUAUUCCCUUAAGCCGUACAACAUGAACCUGAACCCGAUCCCGCACCAUGAAUCUGAUAUAAAUCGAGACUGGACAUCUAGCAGCCGGGCUAUGGGGUUUCUCCUCAAACACGGAUUCAGCAUUGACAGUCUAUGUCAGCAUGGCAUCCAGUAUCUGUCUCGUGCGGAAGAGCAAUUGGCGCUGGCAAGAGUCGUGGAACGAUGCCAACAGACUAGUCGACAGACUAUGGACAUCAAAGACGAUGACCAUGAAUCUCUGGAGUUUCUUGCCAAAGUUCGAACCAUGAUCACCGACUGGCUGGCACAAGGAAAGGACCGAGUUCAAUGGCUGAACGUUCCGCCGCCUAGUGAGGUCCAACCAUUGGGCAGUGUGCGCGAAGGCCUCAGCAGCAUGGAGAAAUGGCUUGUGCACCAGCUGAUCACCCAGGAAUUUCCCAAUCUGCGGUCAAGGAACACGUCGAAAUUCAUCCAAAUCGAUGUAGCGGACAUCGAGUGCGAGCGGAUUGCCCAAGAACUGAAGUUGAACACCAAAAAGGCACAACUCCAGAAGCACAUCGGGUUCCGCUGGAUUGCAGAGUCGCUUGUUGGCGGUAAUCUGGAAGGACUUGGUGCAGAGAUGUUCAAUCCUGUGAUGCGGAGAAUCGACAAUCCAUCUUUCGAAAUCAAUCGGGUCGCAGACAGGGUGAAGCAACGCCUCCAGGAGAACAGACCUGUUCUUGUCGGCCACAACAUGUUCUGUGAUCUGCUUUUUUUUCACGCAUGCUUCCUGGGUCCAUUGCCUGACACUAUCGAAGAGUUUCAGACCGUCAUGCACGAAUUGUUCCCUGUGGUUGUUGAUACCAAGUAUCUGGAUACUUAUGAUUGCGGUUCUAUCAAUCCCACGUCUUCGCUGACUGAUCUGCAUGCCAAGUUGAAGGAUGUGAACAGUCCCAAGAUAGAGAUUGACCCUCGCUUCUCAAAGUACAAGUGGCGCAAGGUUAACCACGAAGCAGGAUACGACAGCAUGAUUUCUGCCAUGGCUUUUAUCAAACUGGCAGGCCAGAUCCAGCGUGGGCCUCUUGCUACCCCAACACAGUGUACCCUCCGCCCAAACCCCCGCAUAUCGGACAGCCUGGAAAAGCAAGCUGUGAAGAGUGAGUUCAGCGAUCUCUUCAAUAUGGACACCGAGACCUUUCCUGUGGUCCAGACAUCUCACCUUGUUCAAAUUCCCAAGUCUCUUGCCGACACUGGAUGCCCCAAAAUUCUACUCAUGGCCAACAAGGGCGUGUUGUUACCUCGUCUGGGCAGCAAGUUCUGGGGGGACUACGGGAACCGACUGCGGGUGUUUGGCACCGUGGAGAGGAUGGUGCGGCUAGGAGGCAAUGCGGCGAAGGCUGAGAGUCAUCUCCUGGACAUCGACUGA